UAGAAUCUGUUUAUCCCACUCUCCUUCUCUUUCCCCCUUGCUCCCUAACUGACUAAAGUCUUAUCCAGGGCGUUCUGAGCCAAGGAGAUCUGAUAUCAUCUUUAGAGGGCUGUGCUCUGAGACACAGAGCGCCUUCUAUCCAGACCAAACCUGAGAGACCCAGGGAUAGGGAGUGACUACUGCAGCCCAACCCCAGCCCAGAGGACACAGGAACAGAGACAGACAACAGCCCAGGAUCACAUCACCAAGAACAGAGAAAGACGACAGCCACAGACCAGGACCAGAGCACCCAGGGACAGGGAGAGACUAGUUCCAGAGAUGGCCUCGGCCGGCCUGGAGAUCCUGGGUAUGAUCCUUUGUGUGUCAGGCUGGCUAGGGGUCAUGGUAGCCUGUGGCCUGCCAAUGUGGAGAGUAGCCGCCUACAUUGGCCAGAACAUUGUCAUAUCUCAAGUGAUCUGGGAGGGCCUGUGGAUGAACUGUUCUGUCCAGAGCACGGGCCAGAUGCACUGCAAGGUCCACGACUCCAUGCUUGGACUCCCUGUGGACCUACAGGCGGCCCGAGCCCUGGUCAUCAUCUCUAUGGUGCUGUGCAUCAUGGGCAUCGGCCUGUCUGUAGCCGGGGCCAAGUGCACCAACUGCAGCUCGGACACGGGCAGCAAGCCUCACAUGUUGCUGGGAGCCGGGGUGACCUUCAUCAUGGCGGGGCUGUUGCUGCUGACGGCUGUAUCGUGGACAGCUAACACCAUCGUCUUGGAUUUCUAUGACCCGAUGCUGGAGGAAACGGGGAAGAGGGAGUUUGGGAACUCACUGUAUUUUGGAUGGGCUGCCUCCUGUCUGCUUCUCCUAGGGGGAGCUCUACUCUGCUGCUCCUGCCCCCCGAAAGCACCCCAGGGUGGGAGCGGGACUGGGUCUGGGCACCACAAGGUGGUGAACUACUCUGCGGUCAAGUCUCCCAUGUCUGUCAAUGGAUAUAUGAGGAGGGACUAUGUGUGAGAGAGUGUAUGUUCAAUGGCUUUAGUAUAGAGACAGCCCCUUGAGACUGAUGGGACUGAUGGGAUAACUAGUGUUAGCGACCCCCCUUUCCUGACUGCACACUAUAGGGGUAGUGCAGAACAAAUGCAGCCAUGUGGGAUAUUUCAUUCAGAUAUAAAGUAUAAACGAUUGCCGAUUAAUGCUAGAUUGUGUUUUACAUAUAUGAUUUCUGUAAAGCUAGAGACAUGCAUUUAUAGAGGAGUCAAAUAAAUGUAGAUACAGUAGGAUUAGAGAAAUAUCUUAUUCAUGUUCCACCUGUUUGAAAAUGUGUACUAAAUUUCACAUGAAUGUUACUCAAUGAUGAAGAUUUAAAUCAUGAAAAUGUUAAUGUUGUUUAAAAUAAUUAAAAUAACUUUCCCAUUCAACCCUAA